CUUUACUGAGCUGCCGCUCCUUCUUCAUCUUACUCAUUGGGAUUUUCCUGUUUCGUGUCAUGGCGACCUGGGGAAAUUUCAGCCGGUUUUAUAUUUCCUGGGGGGCGUCUUUCGUUCUAAUUUUGAUCGCCAUUGCUGGAAAUUCCACACAAGCGCCUGGCUGUCAGGAGAAAUGCUGCCGUUCCCAAGGUAUUGUCAAGUUGCCAACUUUUUGUAGGGGCUGCUGCUGUGCUGUGCCUGUUGAACUUCUGCCUGCCUUGCAACUGCUAAAGAGGCAGGAGGAAAUCCCGAGCCGAAGCCCCCAACAUCACCGAAGGCGGCACUCUCCCAGGUGCCAGCAGGAUUUCCCGACGGAAGAGUCGGCGGCGGAUGACCUGUCCUAACCCUCGGGAGAUCAAUCAGGCCUUGGCCUCCAUCACCUUGGGAGAUCUGAACCGAUCCUGCACCCUGGAUGAGCUGAUUGAGAAAUGCCUUCGCUCCUUUGGUAAACCGGAGAGAGGCAAAGACAGGGGCGGUUGAGAGAUUGGGGCUCUUCUCCUGGACCAGGCAUUUGGGGCUGCUGUGACUUUUUCUGGAGUCCCCCGAUGUGAAGGAACCUGGUAGUGUUCCACCUACCAAGAGCGAAAAGGUUUUGAGCUUAAUUCCCAGUGACCACCCAAAAAAAUAUCUGGGCAGCCUCUCUUUUUUUUCUGCCUCUAAGCCGGUUUCCUUGGUUCUUUUAACCAGAAUAUUCCCUCUGUCAGAGUCGAGUAAAUUUCAAAAACGUUGCUGUUAAGCAAGCAAACAAACAAGAGGGUACUGUACUUUAAUGUUGCUUAAUUGACCGUACAGUGGUUACUGCAUAGCUGUCAACCCUCCCUUUUUUUUGCUGGAAAUUCCCUUAUUCCAGCGCCGUUUCCCGCACCUAUCCUGGAUUGUUAGAUAUACCGAAGACUGUCCCCGGGACAGAUUUGGAUGGAAACCUCUGCACCAGCGACUUCAUGGUAAACAUGACACUGACGGCUCACAGCUGGGUGGUAUCGUCCGCAGAGCUGGCCCGCCUCCUCCUCGCUUCAUACCAAGAAGCAUCUCAGAAGAAACAGCAAGAACGCCAGCUGAGGAUCUGCCACUUCAUCCGGUAUAAAUUUCCACCCCGUUCCUCCCCUUCGCCCCCAGAUCCUGCCUGGGUACCCGUCUCCCCGAGUCUCUUGCAGCUCCAGACUGAACCUCUCCCAUCUGGCUUCAGGUACUGGCUCGUCAACUACCCCGAGGCCUUUCACCUGGACCCACACCUGGAGGAGGCUGUCGCGGAGAUCUUGGAGGUGGUGAGGAAAGAGGGCCAGGGGGAACACAGUCACCUGCUGAACACCUCUGGCACGAUGACCCGGACGUGGACUCGAUCCUUCAGCUGCCAAAGCAGCCCUGGCUGUGGCAAGAAGAGGAAAGUGUCCCUGCUUUUUGAUCACCUCGAUGCAGGAGAGUUGGCCAACCACCUCAGUUACCUGGAGUUCAAGGCAUUCUGCCGCCUCUCGUACUUGGAUUUCCAGAAUUACGUGCUACGGGGGUCAGUGCGGGGCAGUCCAGCCCUGGAGCGUGCCAUCGCCUUGUGCAACAGCAUCUCCCAGUGGGUGCAAGUCAUGGUCCUCAACCGACCCACACCCCAGCAGCGGGCGGAAGUAUUCACCAAAUUCAUCCGUGUGACUCUGAAGUUAAGACAGCUGCAGAACUUCAGCACCCUCAUGGCCAUUGUGGGGGGGCUCUGCCACAGCGCUAUUGCCCGCCUCAAAGACACCCACGCGCUCCUGCCUUCUGAGAUCACUAAGACACUGUCCGAGAUGACGAGGUUGCUCUCCUCCUGUGGCAACUACAGAACGUACCGACGGGUUUAUGCCGAUUGCGACGGCUUCAAGAUUCCCAUCGUCGGCGUCCACCUCAAGGACCUGGUGACUUUGCACGAGGCCAUGCCUGACCAUGUGGAUGGCGGGAGGCUCAAUUUAAGCAAGCUGCAGAGUUUGUACGAGCCGGCAAGGGAACUCCGGGUUCUGCAACAAGCCAGCCCUCCGCUCGAAGCCAACAAAGAUCUGGUGCACCUACUCACGCUCUCCCUAGACCUCUACUACACGGAUGAGGAGAUCUACGCUCUCUCGUACGCCCGUGAGCCAAGAGGUCCCAAAUCACUGCCGCCUACACAGUUCAAGCCCCCCGUGGUAGUGGUGUGGGCACCAGGGGUGACUCCCAAGCCUGACCGGACCACCAUCAAGAGGCACGUCCAGCAAAUGAUUGAGACUGUGUUCAAGAAUUACGAUCCUGAGCAACGGGGUUACAUCUCCGAGGAGGAUUUCGAGAUCAUCUCCACGAGUUUCCCCUUCUCCUUCUAUGGGCUGGAAAGAGAGCGAGAAGGCGCCUGGAGCCGGGAAGAGCUGUCCGAGUAUUUAAUGCGGGCCUGUGCCAUCUUCUCCAAACUGGGCCUCGGGUUCCUGCACAACUUCCAAGAGGCCACUUUUAAGAAGCCCACCUUUUGUGACAGCUGCAAUGGCUUUCUCUGGGGAGUCUCCAAGCAAGGAUACAGAUGUCGGGACUGUGGGAUGAUCUGUCACAAGCAGUGCAAGGACCAAGUGGAGGUGGAGUGCCAGCGGCGCUUCCAUUCCUGCAGCUCCGAGAGCACCCUGUCUCGAACUGCCACGCCAGCCGCCACCUAUCACCCUAGCUCUGGCUCGGAGGAAGACGCUUUCCUCUUCCCACCAAGACGAGAGCACAGCAAAAGCCCCAACCUGGCACUGUCGAGCCCAGCGGGCAGGCGGCGAAUGAGACACGCCAGCACCCAGACAGACGCAGACAGUCCACAGGAGCCACGGGGACACAGCAGGAGUCUAAAGCAGCUUCUGGAAGAGCUGAAGGAGGUGGAAAAGGAACGGGACAGGCUGCUGCUGGUCAACCAGAGCCUUCAGAGCUGCAACUCGCAGCUGGAGGCUGAGAACAGCUGGCUGCUGAAGGCGGAUUCAUCAAGCCUGCCCCCCUUCUCUUGCUGGAAGGCCUUGGCCGCCUACAACUCGCACCUGCCUCCCAAGCCCAACUGAGCCAAGGGCACAGGAACAGUGGGCUACAGGCAGGAAAGUGGAACCUCAAGGAAACGAACAGAGAGAAGGGACAUGGCGCUCAACGGUAGAGAAUAUGGAUGCUCUGCAUACAGGCCUCAGGUUUGGUCCAUGGCUGGAAAUGGAUGCUGCUGCCCUGAAGCCACUGCCAUUCCUUGCCAAUAAUACUGAGCUGGAUGGACAAGCAGCCGGACUCAAGCUAAGGGGCUUCCUUUGUUCCUAAUAAAAGGACCAUUUCUUGAACAGAGGCCCCACCAGCUAGCUUACUUCUUUUUUGGUGCUGCUGCAGAUGCACGUUUUGGGCUCUGCUGCUAUUAGCCACAAUGGCCCUGCUCCACCUCCGAUGUCAGAGGCAGCAGACCGCAGGCGGCCAGCUGCUGGGGCAUCAGAAAUGGGGAGAGUGCUGUUGUCCUGCUGAGGGGACUUCCCAUUGGUGCACUUGGUUGGCCUCCGUGAGAGCAGGGUGCUGGAUGAGGAGGGCCACUGGACUGCUUCUGCAGAGCUCUUCUUAGCUGAACAGCCCCGGAUAGCUCAAGAACCUAAGCAGCUCCUUGGCUUGUGUUACAUGCGGUGUCUUGCCAAGUAGCUCUCUGCAACAAGCUAUAUUUAACCAUUGAGCGAGUGCAUAAACAGGGACCCUGCCUUGCUAGCUGGGGCGAAGUGGGUGACCUGGUUGGGCUUCCAAUGUCAAGAGUAGAGACUUGGAGAAAGGAAUCCUCAGAAGGUGGAAGCUGGUUGUUCGGCGGCAGGUAAAGGGGGAUGAGAGGCGAGGCAGAAGCACCUACUGACUGUGACCUCUUCCACUGACCCCCUUUGGCCUUGCUUUCGGG